AUGGACAAAGAAACCGGAAUUCAUCGUAAGGCCGAUGGGGACUACUUAUAUGCUGUACUGAAUCUUUCAAAAAAUGCUUCACAGGCAGAAAUAAACGAACGCCACAGAUCUCUUUCCCUUAUAUUUCACCCGGAUAAACAAGUAGAUACGACUCUGAAAGUUACCGCAACGAAGGAGUUUCUCGAGAUUCAAAAAGCAUACCAAGGCUCCGAUGGCCUGGCUGUACAAUGGCCGCCAACCCUCCGCUUCCAGACGCAAGAGAAGCUUACGGGUGAAAAGAUUAUGGAAGUUUUAGAUCAUCAUGGAAGUGAGAUGAAACGACGACGUCUGAAGCAAAUCAUGUCUACCAAAGCAAAGGUCAAUUGUUCGUUCGACGCAUCACCGCUUUUCAACCCCUAUUUCUUGAUUACAAGUAGAAGUUAUACUUCUAGAAUAAGAGAGCGCAUACAAGCAACGCGUAUUGUUUCGCAAAGUCUUGCCUAUACCAUCGAGAAAAGGCUGAAUAACAACACAACAUUUUCAUUCACUGGCCAGACCAAUCCAAGCAAAUCGAAAGUAUCAAUUCUUUCGUUUGUUGGAACUGUUCGGCAUCAAUUUUCCCCUCGCCUCAAUGUUUUGACGUCGAUGACCUUUGUUAAACCUUAUCCAACCAGAUUUGAAGUCAACUAUGAAGCCACCGGAAACAUAGUCAAUUUCAAAACGGCUCUAUCUCCGUUGCUUUUGGAUUCGUAUCCUCCAAUCAUGCUUUCCUUCUCCAGGCAGCUAUUUCGUUCAGGACCCCAAAGAGCUAAAGUCGACCUCAAUCUGACUCAGAGUCCCUCCCUGUCUUUUUUCUAUAUUUCUCCGCCCACGCUAAAAAUAAAUAAGCAAGAGGAUGCAGUUCCUCCACAACUUGGGCCUCCGACAACGCUUGGCAUCAAAUACGUGGCUUUUGAAAGGGCUUAUGGAGUGGUCUUCGACCGCAUUCUGCCUACCCUCGUUGCAGAGACGAGUAUGACCCUUGUGGAACUUUCCGUUCGCCUGAAGGCUUCCAUUCAACUUGGCUUCUCAGGGGCUCUUUAUAGCUUAGGCGCUCAUUGGUCUAGUGAAAGUAUCGAAGCUGGUUCUACCUUGAUUCUAAACUCAUCGGCUCUCGUUUUACAACUCGAACACAUCCAAGCUGCUAAAAAAGCCUUCGACGAAGAUAGUGACUCUAGAAGAGAGCGAAAUGCGGUUGAAUCCUUACUAAAGGAUGCCGUCAAGAAGCAAUUGCGCCAUGAGACUGAGGCCGAAGGUCUCAUUAUACAAGAGGCUACCUAUGGCGUAGCAGAAUCAGAACUUGGCGAAGGGAAAGACGCAUUGUCAUUGGAUGUUAAAAUUCCUUUACAAGCCUUAGUUCGCAAGUCACAGCUUCACAUUCCUGGUGGUACUUCCAAGACCGCGUUGCAAGGUUUCUCGGACCCUGCGCCAUUUGCUUCCAAAUCUCUGCGCAUUCGCUACUUGUUCCGUGGCCGCUUACACUACGCUGAGAUUCCUGACUACAUGCCUGUCGUUUUGCCUCUGUCGGAACACUUGGUGGGUUGA